CCGGCUGUGUCGGCGAUGGCGGCGGCUCGGCGGGCACGGGCGGGCGGCGGCGGCGCGGGGCCGGGGUUCGGGCGGGCGGCCGAGCCGCCGCCGGUGCCGCAGGGGCUGCUGCGGCUGGCGCGGCGCAGCGGGCAGCUCAACCUGGCGGGACGCGGCCUCACCCACGUGCCCGAGCACGUGUGGAGGAUCAACCUGGACACGCCGGAGGAAGCCCAGCAGAACCUGUCCUUCGGAGCUGCCGAUCGCUGGUGGGAGCAGACGGACCUGACCAAGCUGAUCCUGGCCUCCAACAAGCUGCAGAGCCUCUCGGAGGAUGUGCAGCUGCUGCCUGCCCUCACCAUGCUGGACGUGCAUGACAAUCAACUGACAUCACUUCCUUCUGCUUUAGGGCAGCUUGAAAAUCUCCAGAAACUCGAUGUCAGCCACAACAAACUGAGGAGCCUUCCCGAGGAGCUGCUGCAGCUGCCCCGUCUGAGGAGCCUCCUGGUGCAGCACAACGAGCUGAGCCAGCUGCCCGAGGGGCUGGGGCAGCUCCUCAGCUUGGAAGAGCUGGAUGUGUCCAACAACCAGCUCACAGCCAUCCCCACCAGUUUUGCUCUGCUGGUGAACUUGGUGCGGCUCAACCUGGCCUGUAACCAGCUCAAGGAGCUGCCUGCAGAUCUCAGUGCCAUGAAAAGCUUGAGGCAACUGGAUUGUACCAAAAAUUACCUGGAAACGGUUCCUCCUAAAUUAGCAACCAUGGCAUCCCUGGAGCAGCUUUACCUGAGGAAAAACAAACUGCGUUCCUUGCCAGAGCUUCCCUCCUGCAAGUUACUGAAGGAGUUACACGCUGGGGAGAAUCAGAUUGAAAUCCUGAAUGCAGAGAAUCUGAAGCAGCUGAGCUCCCUGUGUGUGCUGGAGCUCAGGGACAACAAGAUCAAGGCAGUGCCCGAGGAGAUCACAGUGCUGCAGAAGCUGGAGAGGCUCGACCUGGCCAACAAUGACAUCAGUAGGUUGCCUUACACCCUGGGGAAUCUCCCCCAGCUGAAAUUCCUGGCCCUGGAGGGAAAUCCUUUGAGAACCAUUCGGAGAGACCUGCUGCAAAAAGGCACCCAGGAACUGCUGAAAUAUCUGAGAAGCAAAAUCCAAGAUGAUGGACCUGGCCCCAAUGAAGAGCCUCCUGUGACAGCCAUGACUCUUCCCAGCCAGUCCAAGGUCAACAUCCACGCCAUAGCCACACUGAAAUUAUUGGAAUACAGUGACAAGCAGGCUGCCGAGAUCCCCGAGGCCGUGUUCGAUGCCGUGGGCAACAACCCCGUGGCCACCGUCAACUUCAGCAAGAACCAGCUCAGGGAGAUCCCCCCAAGGCUUGUGGAGCUGAAAGAAUCAGUUUGUGAUGUCAGCCUGGGCUUCAACAAAAUCUCCUCCAUUUCCUCGGGGCUGUGCCUGCUCCAGAAGUUGACACAUUUGGAUCUCAGAAACAAUGUUCUGACAGCCUUGCCUGAGGAAAUGGAGGCACUGAAAAGACUGCACACAAUAAAUCUUGCUUUUAAUAGAUUUAAGGUGUUUCCCAGUGUCCUGUAUCACCUCCCAGCCCUGGAGAACAUCCUGCUCAGCAACAACCAGGUGGGAUCCAUCGACCCUGUGCAGCUGAAGGGGCUGGACAAGCUGGGAACUCUGGACCUGCAGAACAAUGACCUCCUCCAGGUGCCCCCAGAGCUGGGCAACUGUGAGAACCUCAGGAGCCUGCUGCUGGAAGGGAACCCGUUCCGCACGCCCCGUGCCGCCGUGCUGGCCAAGGGCACGGCUGCCGUGCUGGAGUACCUGCGGAGCCGCAUCCCCUCCUGAGCCUGGGCACUGCCACCUGAGCCUGGGCACUGCCACCUGAGCCUGGGCACUGCUCCUGAGCCUGGGCAUUCCUCCUGAGACUGGCCAUUCCCACCUCAGCCCUGAACAUGGCCUGGCCAAGGGCACGGCUGCUGUGCUGGAGUACCUGCGGAGCCGCAUCCCCUCCUGAGCCUGGGCACUGCCACCUGAGCCUGGGCACUGCCACCUGAGCCUGGGCACUGCCUCCUGAGCCCUGGGCACUGCCACCUGAGCCCUGGGCAUUCCUCCUGAGCCUGGGCACUGCCCUGGGUAUCCCCUCCUCAGCCCUGAGCCCUGGGCACUGCCACCUGCGCCUGGCCUGGCCAAGGGCACGGCUGCUGUGCUGGACUACCUUUGGAGCUGCAUUCUCACUGAGCCCUGGCCAUUCCCACCUGAGCCUGGGCAUUCCCUCCUGAGCCUGGCCUGGCCAAGGGCCCAGCUGCACUGCUGUAAUAGCUGCAGAGCCACAUUCCAGCAGCACAGGAGCAGCCAGGUACCCCUUGUCCCACCAGCACCCCUGGGCUCCACUGCUUCCAUCCUUCUCCUGCUCCUGGCUGGGAGUCUGCCCGGUGUUAAGGACCCAGCUGUGAAACAUUCCCUGCCCUCUGCAUGUUCCAGCAGGGAUUUCAGGAUCCCACACCACUCUGUUUACAUUGUUUGUGAUAAAGGACAGCAAGGAAAGCUGCUUUCAGCACAACCAUGGUGCUUCCUGCAGCUGUUCUGUGCUCUGGUGAGAGUUGUCACCGUUGAAGCACUGGGGCCAAAGGCAGAAGGGAGCACUGGGGUUUGUAUUCCUGUUUUCUCUUGUUUCAUUGCUGUCCCCUGAACUGCCCCCUGGUGUGAGUGUGGUGGAGUGCUUGAGCUGUGAGGUGGUGAGAGGUGGCCCAGGUGUGUGCAGGGCUCACCUGAGUGAAACAGGGCUGGUGCUGUGCUGAGACAAUAAAUGUUCCCCUUGGA